CUUACCUACUGGUCUAAAUAAACGCUUGGAAAUCCAGAUAUAAAAAACAUUGUAUCAAAACCGAGUACGAAAUGUGGCUGACAAAACAAAAGAUGGAAUGCCAACCGCGGCACACUCCGCGGUCGAGCUUAUCUAAGCGUGUUUGAUCAAUUGUUCGGUUGCUAGGCAACUAAGGUUUUCAAACACAGUUUUCCCGAGCCUAGGUGAAUAACCCUAGGAUGAGCCUAGUGUUUGUUAUAGUGCGAGUGAAAGUGAUUUUGCUUAAUUAUCAGGAUAUUCACCCUUUCUUAGAUAAAUAUUUGGCUUUUUCACUCAGAAAGAAGAGCUUCCUUAUUGGACAUUGCCAGGGGCGUAUCCAGGGGUAAUUUUUUCAGGGGGGAGGUAAAGGAAAAUGAAAUGCUUGGAAUAUUUUUUUGGAAAUGUAUGCAUCGCCGCUGUCCUGGCCCUGACCAUGGCAGGUCCAGUUCCAGCCCCUGAAGCCAAGCCGGCCCCUAAGGCGAAGCCCCAUGUCUACUACGAACCGAUCGUAUCCGCUCCUGUCGAUGUCGAAUACCUAGAGCAUCACGAACCCCUUGUGGAGGUGGAACCCGUAGUGUAUAGCAGUUACGUCGCUGCUCCCAUUUAUGCCUCUGAUUAUUAUCACUCUCCUUAUUAUCAUGAUUUCCAUGAUCAUUUUGACUUUGUUGUUUGAUAUGCUCGCUAUUUGUAUAGAUAUUUAUUUGUAAUAAAGAGGUUGAUUUUAUA